AUCCGUCACCUGCCCGCCAUCUGUCACCUGCCCACCAUCGUCACCAUGCGCUGCUUCAUCAGCCUUGCUCUCGGCCUGCUGGCCCUGGAGGUGGCCCUUGCUCUGAAUCCACUGGAACAAGUCUUCAACGCAGUUCAGCUCAUGUGUCCUGAAGCCAGGCUCAGUGAGGGUGCAGAGUGUAUCAACUGUCGCACCAUUGCGGAGUGUGCCCAGAAUGCUGCCUGCUGUCCCAGUUCCUGUAGUGCCAUCUGCAAAACUCUUGUCAACAUUGAUGUUCCAAAGAUUGGCCACUGCCCCUGGAAUCCAGUCAACAUGGUCUCUGCUGGGCCAUGUCCACAGGAGAGCACAUGCUUCAGAGACAGUGACUGUGACGGCAACAUGAAAUGCUGCCGCAUCGGCUGUGCCAUGAGUUGCCAGACUCCACAAGCAGCCCCUGUAGAGGAACGCCUUCAGUGAGCAGCCUGCCCUGGGAUCCCUGCCUGCCAGGUGCAACCAGCCCAAGCUUGUUCCGCAAGAACCUUCAUUCCUGGAUCCAGAGAGAACAUAAUGCCUUCUAUCUGCUGCUAAUAAAAAUCCAUUUGGCUCUA